AUGCCGAGGAGCAUGGCUCAACAAGCGCGUCAGAAGAAGGGAAAAAAGGUCCCACAGACUCCUACGACCUCCGCUCCUCCGGCCCCUUCUCCCAUUGUCACGGGCAGAAACGAUUCCGCGUUCAUAGGCAGACUCAGCGUACCCGAUUCCAGGCCCAUGGCUGUAUCCACACCUAUGGGUACAUUUACUGGCACGGCCAUUCCCAUCCUGGGCCCCAAUGACCGCAUCCCACCACAUGUUCCUCAGACUCUUGAGCUCCAACUGAACCACGAAUGCUCCCUCACCUUUUCCGAAAAAACUCCCUCUGCGGAUCAAGCAUCCCCCAGCCGUCGCUUCGACCCUGUACAUCACUACCCGGGUGAGCAGACUUUGGAGAGCGUUCAGAUCCGCAAAGGUCAAUUCGUCUUCCUCGCCUGUCCUACGACCCCGCCGUGCAUAGACUGUGGUCAUCUCGUGCCUCACGUGGAGUGCCCAGUCAUUUCAAUCCACGGUGCAUGCUCCAACGACGGCACAACGGAAGCCCGUUGUGCAAUCGGUCUCUGGAUUGGCGAAAGCAACCCGAACAAUCUCUUCGUGCCGCUCGACAGACUGCCUCGCCAUACUGGCCAAAUUGCUGAGCUUUACGCCGUUAUCUCAGUUCUGGGUUAUGUGGAACACAAUCUCGACAAGUGGAAGCGAGUGCGCACCCGUCCGUUUGUUCCCUCCAGGCUACAUACAAUCGUCAUCAAGACUGAUUCCCCCAAUAUUGUGAAUGGAAUCACCGAAUGGCUUGCAAGAUGGAAGAGCAACGGAUGGAAGAGGGGCAAGGGCCAAGCAAUUUCAAAUGAUGAAUGCUGGAAGAUUAUUGAUCGUCUGCUUGAACGCCUGGAGACUCACAUUUGCGUCAAGUUCUGGCUGGUAUCCCGCGAGGAAAUCGAAAUGGCGGUCAGUCUGGCCCAGAAUGCUCUGAAGCUCCCGCUGUGCACCGAACUCCAGAACCUGACGACUCGGCGGGCAGAGUCUACCUGA